AUGGCUGAUCAGUACCUGGGACUGGGAGAGCUGUACUCGCUGAUGGAAGAGGAUCCAUUGGACAGACUGGAAGCAAGACUGCACUCCCCUCUGCCUAGGAUCCUAACCACAGACGGGAUCAUCGACGAGGCGAAACGGCGACGCUAUUACGAGAAGCCAUGCCGGAAACGGAUCCGGGAGAACUAUGAGAACUGCCGACGGAUCUACAACACUGAAAUGGCCCGGAAGCUGGCCUUCCUGAUGAGGAAGAACCGGCAGGACCCGUGGCUGGGCUGUUAGGGUUUCUGCGUGGUGUCGCUGGGUUAACUGAGAGAGAUAGACAUCCUCGCCCACCUUGGAUACUUCGUUGCCUGGCAAUGAUCUUGCAGCAAGUGUCGGGGGUGGGGGUGGGCUACACUGAGUGGACCCUGGUUCCUUGCUCAAUGUCACUUUGCUGUUAAUCAGGUGCUGCAGACCAGGAGGUGCGGCCCAGCGUGCGCUGGUGGGUUGGAGGGAGCGGCCUUUUCAAUAAACGAGAAAAACUGA